AUGGCUUUCGGUCUUUCCUGGCCCUAUCUAAUCAUUGGUUGUAUUUUUGCUUCUUUAGCAAGAGCAUCCGAUAUCGCAGAUGUAUAUCCCCCUCUGUGGAAAGAGAGUCCUGGUCAGUUCAGUGACUAUAAGAUAGAAAAUGGAAAGUAUAUCAUUAACUUCUGGCAUUAUCCUGAGAGAUUGGGGACAUAUAAAAUCCUACUGAACAAGACAGCCAAAUAUUUUGCAAAAUUUUCACCAGAAAAUGAACAAAAUAUUUUAUGGGGAUUGCCUGUACAUCAUGGAUGGCAAUAUCAGACAGGCAGAUUAGCUGAUCCCACGGAAAGUACGGACUGUGGCCAUAAGUCUGGGGAUCAUCUGUGCAUCUCUGUGGACAGUUGGUGGGCUGAUCUUAAUUAUUAUCUCUCUGCAAUGCCCUUCCUUGCUGCGGUUGAUUCUGGUAUAAUGGGGAUACCAUCAGACAAAGUCACCUUUCUGCCACCGCCCAAGGAUCAGAUGAAUUUUUGUUACAAUGUUUCUAGCUGUCAUUCAUCCUUUCCAGAAGCAAUGAAAAAGUGGAAUGAAUUUUACCAGCACGUAAAGUCACAUUCUAGUAGCUUUGAUGACCUGUUGGAGUACUUAUGGGCUGCACAUGUCUCAUCUUUGGAGAUUGCUCGUAAAAACUUUCACAAUAGAUUAAAAUACUAUCCUAAACAAGAAGCUGAUUUUGAAAGAAGCUGGGCUUUAUUUGUGGAUUAUUUAGCUCCACCACUCUUUCCUACAACCUUAAUUAGAACAUAUGAAUUCCAGAAGGAGCUGCCAAAACGCAUGCUUAUGAAUGAGGAUAGAGCCCCCUUCAUCCAUGACUUUAGUGGCUUUCAGAACACAGUCCUGUUUGCUCUAAGUGUUCUCCACAAAGUACAUAAGUACACAGGUACAUUAUCUUUUGUUUUAUGGAAAACUUUAAUGAAGUCAACAGUUGCAAGGAAACUGUUUCUAGAGAUUUUGGAAUUCAUCCUUCAUUCUUUCAAUUAA